AUGUCGGACUACGCCGAGGACGAUAUUCAGUUCGAAUAUGAGAGCGACGGCGAACAGUACGGAGACGAUGGAGAAGAUGAAGAAUCAAUCCUCAUGGAGAAUGCCUUCUACGAGGCUCAGGACAUACGCCACACGAAUCCUCGAGCUGCGCUGAGGCUGUAUCAGUCCGUUGUCGAGAAGGAGGAAGCACAGUCAGCGACGAGUACGUGGCGAUUCCGGGCUCUCCUCAAUGUAGUCCUCAUCCACGCAGAGCUCCGGGAGUUCGACAGUGCAGCCUCGGCGUACGCCCGCCUCCUUCCUCUCAUGCGGCAUGUGACGCGAAACGAAACUUCUGAUGCCAUCAACGCCGUCCUCGAGGCAUUGAGCGCAGAUCUCGUUGAAGCUUCGCCGUCGUCUGGUUUCGGGCGUGUGGACAGAGAAGGACGGACGGAGACAGGCGGAAGGGACGGAGAGAGGAACGCCCGAGGCGGAGACUCGCCAGGGGCGCGUGGCGACUGCGGAGGCGGCGCCGCUUCUCUUCACACCAGAACCAUGGCGACUCUCGAGACAAUCUUCAAACUGACGCUCGACGCUUUGCAAGAGCAUCGCGUUAAGCGUCUUUGGUUCCGCACAUGCAGCCGCAUCAUUCGGCUGUACAUACACCAGGGCGAGUACACAAAGGCCACAACUCUCCUCGCUGACGUUCGCCGUGAAGCACGUUUGCCGCCUCUCGACGUCUCUGACUUGGCAAGUCUCUCCGCAUCAAAGGGUUCACUCUUCCCUUCCUCUCCGUCCUGCUCCGUCUCUCCCUCCUCCUCGUCGUUUGCAUCGGCUGGGGCUGCAGACGGCGAGGAGAUGCCGAGUGGCCAGAUUCUGGAGUUUUACGCCCUGGAGAGCGCCAUCUGCAUGCACCAGAAGAAUUUUCAGCGGCUGCGUCGCCUCGCGACGGAGGCGAGCAAGUUCCUUUCUGCGGGCAUUGCGGAUCCGAAGAAUGUCGCCGUUGUGCGCGAGAUCACCGGAAAGAUCCACAUGGCCGAGAAGAGGUGGACCCUCUCGCUGAUCGACUUCUCAGAGGCGUUUCGCCAGUACCAGGAAGUCGGCAGAGCCAAGAAAGCGAAGCGAAUGCUUCAGUUGCUGGUUCUGGCGAGCCUCCUCACUCUUUCCGAUAUCAACCCUUUCGACACUCGAGAAGCAAAGGCGCUGCAGGAGGAUCCUAGCGUCGCGUCGAUGCAUGCGCUGAGGGAGGCGUUUGAAGCAGACGACGUGGGGCGCGUCCUCGAGCUCCUGACCGAGCCUCAAUAUGGGCUAGCGACCGAUGCGUACAUCUCCCUCUUUGUCGAGGACCUACUCGGCAACAUUCGCGUGCACGCACUGCCGUCCAUUCUGGCCAGGCACACGUGCGUCUCUCUUCAAACCCUGCGAGAAGAGCUGCACGCACAAACCGCCAAAGAAGUCCGAAGCACCAUUGCACGGGCUCUCGCGGAGGGGCGAAUCUCCGGGGAAAUCGACGAGGUCCGACAAAUGCUCGUUGUGCGCAAGCGAGAGUCUCGAGGCUGCACAGACGCGUCGCCUUUCAACGACGCGUGCUCAAAGACAGCCUCUCAGACGAGCGAUCAACGUGGGCUUUCCGAGGCAGGCCGAGAGGGAAGUGACCAGAAAGCGAAGAGACAAGAAGAAAAGGCCGUUCACGAAUGGAUUGACUCCCUUAGCGCUUUGACGCGCCAGCUCAACCAACUUCCGUAUCGCUGA